AAAAGAUCGUAAGCCUAACCAAACAAAAAAACAGAAUCAAAUGGGUAAGUAUUUUAGCUUCCUUUGAAAGGGCAUAUAACCAGACAAUGGCCAAAUGUAUUCUAUUUAAAGGCAAGGUAGUUCCAAUUGUUCGCGAUAAGUUACAGUAUGGCCGUGCGUGCAUCUUUUUUCUCUGGGUCUCCAGUUUGCCAUAGUACUAUUCGUGUGGAACAUUCUAGGCUACAAUCCGCCCCAAUAUCAUAUGCAUUUUCCUCCGAAUUGGCAGCGCCAAACAAAAAGAUAGCCACAAAACUAAAAUUUGCCAGAUGCAGAUCAAGGAGACAACAUUGUAGUGCUCGAGCUAGUUAUGGCAGCCCUGGAAGCACAGGAGCUUUGACACCAGAAUUGAAGCAAGCAUUGGACACAUUCAUUUCCUCACACAAAGUAGUUCUUUUCAUGAAAGGAACUAAAGAUUUCCCGCAGUGUGGGUUUUCUAAUACUCUUGUACAGAUUUUGAACUCCUUAAAUACACAGUAUGAAACAGUCAACAUACUUGAGAAUGAUUCAUUGCGCCAGGGACUUAAGGAAUACUCCAGCUGGCCCACAUUUCCACAGCUCUAUAUUGAUGGGCAGUUCUUUGGUGGAUGCGAUAUCACUGUUGAGGCAUACAAGAACGGAGAAUUGGAAGAGUUAUUCAAGUGAAAUCUUCUGGAUAUCUGGAAGCUUCAAGUCACUUGUAUUUCAUAAACAUUGCUGCAUUUUCACAUUCCUAUUAGGUUAUAGGAUUAUCAGUUAGAUUCCCCUUUAACAACUGAUAAUCUUUUAACAAGGAUAUAAUUUAUCUACAGUAUUCUUUAAUAAAUGUUGUAUACAUAUGAAAUGAGUCUUUAUGUAGAAUAAAACUUGUUAUAUCAAGGAUUUGCAUAUACCGAUUCAAGUGGAAUUCUGAAUUUUACUGUU